AUGGAUUUCACAUCAUUCAACUUCGACGACGACAGCUUCUUUGACUUCAAUGGCGCCUCCUCUGACGGGGCUCUGCCUUCAGUCGAGCCAGUCGAGGAGCUGCCCAUUAGUUUCCCUGAUGGUGUCUCUCUAGCUGAUAUAGAACGGCCUUGCCAUGGUUCAGACGAUUUCUUCGAUUCAGCAUUCGGAUCCGAUGAUACGAAUCCGAGCGACCUUCACAGCGAUAUGUCUGUCUGGCCAUGUCAUAUCCCUACGCAAGAGCUUGCAGGCAUACAGGGAGAGAAAUCGCCAUCUCCGCCAAGCUCACAGAUCUCUGAGGGACCCAGAACUGGUCUAGGUACAGCAGUGUCGCCAAUUGAGGUGUCUGAGUCAAUGGGUCCGAUAGAGCAGCUCUGGAGGCCCAUCAUGGGCUACAGUCCGCCUGCAAAAUUACCCCCGCGUCAACCAAAGCCCAGAACUCCGCGCAAGCCAGACUCGUCCAAGGUCAAGUCUACGGCUAGCAAGCCUGGUCCGAAGCCCGGCUCCAAGUCCAGCUCUAAGCCGAGUCCCAAGCCCAAAGUCACAAAGGUCACCAAAAAGAGGACUUCCGCCACGCAGAAGCGCACAGCCGCUGCUCCAGUGCCCCGCGAACGAUCGAUCCAAGAACUGUACAAUGCUGCAUGGGACUCUCUCACGCAAGAGGAGAAGGGACGCCUGCUUCUUCCCCUUCUCCAGGGCAUUAACCCCGACACGGGAGUCAAGGUCACCGAGGCCAGCACCUUGCUGCCUCCGCCGGACUUUGCAGCCAUCGGCGCGAACAUGGCGACCACCAACCACGCACUGCCGUCGUCCAGCCCGACUGUAAAAUCCACUUCUAGUGAUUUCUCAUACUCCUCAUACAACACCGAUGCCGAAUACGACGCCAUUGGCGCUGAUUACUCUCCGCCCACGAUGAGCUCUCAUCCGUCCUUCACGUCCACUUCCACCUCCACAUCCGCAUCGAUUGACACCGACUUCGCGACUACGACAGCUGCAGCGCUUCAGGCAUAUAACAGCAGCCAUGGUUAUAUGCGGUCUACAAACGAUGUUACAUUCGGCAACAGCUUCGAUUGUUUCGACGGCUUCAGCCCUGCCACCACAGCCGACGACUUCGGCGUCGAAGUCAAUCAUCGCCAUGUCGACCGUGGUCUCGGCGGCCCUUUUGGCAACGGCAUGAUUAGCGAUCCAAUUCACAUGCCUGCUCCGCCAUCGGUUUACGGAUGCACGCGCCAGCAGGAGGCGCUCGAGCGCAGCGCCAUGCUGCGCGCCCAGGGUCGUCGUCGCUAG